AUGGAGAUCAAGUGGAGGCUAGCGUACUUUUUACUUUCUAUUUCGCUGGCUUUCGGCGAUUCUCCAAACGUGGAGAAAUCGACCGGGAAGCCACUACCAGCCCCGAAGGAGCCUCCAGGCUCUAAGGCAACACCAGCACAGAAGAAUACCGGAGCCAGUACAGACACGCAGGCAAAACAAAAGGAAGCAUCUCCGGCGACAACAGCAGCGCCUCAGCCAUCAGCUUCAAGACCGUCAACCGAUCCCAUAAUAUGUGGCCUGAAGGACAAUAAAUCAGAUUUUGCAUUACCCUCGCUGCACUGCACGUUACUGCAUCUCCCGCAAAACCUGACAGAGGAUUGGAAUAAGUACAUGGAAAAAUCAAGCAAAAAUGAAUCCGACCUCUUGAAUGACAUUUGCGAAGCAGGGAAAAAGGGGACAAACCCGGACUUCAUGGUCAACUAUACGGAGAACGACAAAGCAAUGGUACACGAUACCUCAACACUGUGCCGAAUAAGGCACACAACGAAAUCUGAAUGCGAAAUACCAAACUUGAUCAAGUAAAAAAUGCACCGCUUCCGCGAUACGCUUUUCUCUUCAUUC